AGAAGUGGACCACUGGACCAGCUUUAAAUUCUCAGGCACAGGGGACCCCUUUCCAGCCCACCGCCGCAUCCUGGACCACCUGAGCCUCUGUCACUUUCAGGACUCUCGGCACCCUCUCGGCCUCCGUAGACUCGUGAUGAGUCGCGAGUGGCAUUGCUGGUUUCCUUGGUGACAGUUGCCGGGGCAGCGCGAGAAGGCGUCCGAAAGAAGUGACAGAGCUGCCGCGGCCCCAGAAAGCAGGAGCCGAGUGACCGCUGGCAAGAUGGCAGCGGAUGAAGGCUCACAGGACACCUUGCGGCUCCAGUUCAAGGCCAUGCAGGAGAUGCAGCACAAAAGGUUACAGAAGCAGAUGGAGAAACGGAAGGAGAAGGAACUGAGCCUCAAAAGCAGAGUCGAGGACCACACAGAGCCCUUGGAGAGCUACGAUGGCCUCAGCCUUCUCCAAGCCGGGGAGCAACACUUGAAAAACAGCUUUGAGCGAAGGAUGCUUGAAGAUGAGAUUGAACAGCUUCGCGACCAGCUCAGGGAAACAGUGGAUGAGAACGGGCGAUUGUAUAAGCUGCUGAAGGAAAGGGACUUUGAAAUCAAGCACCUCAAAAAGGAAAUAGAAGAGAACAGAUUUGCCUUCACAGGGACAGCUGGUGUGGCUGGGGAUGCGAUUGCCACCAAAAUCGUCGAGCUGUCCAAAAAGAACCGGGUGCUGAUGGCAGAGUCCGAGGGUGCGAAAACCAGAGUGAAGCAGCAGAGCAAACACAUCCAGGAGCUGGAGCAGGAACUGCAGACGGUCCUAGCCAGGCUGCCAACCAAGGGGGCCACUGACGCAGGAGCCAAGCCGCCGAGGGCCCAGACAGGAGACAGAGCCUUGCAGCCGGAGACCCCAGAGGUGAAGGUCUUGCAGGACAGGCUGGCGGCCACGAACCUGAAGAUGAGUGACCUCCGUAACCAGAUCCAGUCUGUGAAGCAGGAGCUCCACGUGGCCCAGAAGGUGUUGGCCAGCGAGGUUGGAGAAGAUGUGAAUGUCCAGCAGCUCUUGUCCUCACCGGGGACCUGGAGGGGUCGGGCUCAACAAAUUCUCGUUUUGCAGAGCAAGGUUCGAGAGCUUGAGAAACAGUUGGCACAGACCCAGAACCGGUCUGUGGGAACAGCCAGUGAUGAGCGGUCUGUCUGUCCAGACCCAAGGAAGCUGUCGGCCCAGGAGAAAAACCUGCUGAGGAUCCGCAACCUGGAAAGGGAAAAGCAGGAAGGCUGGGAGAAACUUGCGGGUGAGCGGGAUGCCCUCCAGACAGAGCUCCAAGAGCUGAAAAAGAAGUUUGAGGGCGUGAGGUCUCGGAACAAGGUGCUGUCAAGCGAAGUGAAGACCCUCAGGAGUCAAAUGGGGACCCUAACGGAGAAGGGCAGGCAUGACAACGAGCUCAUCGAUGCCCUCAUGGACCAGCUGAAGCAGCUACAGGAGAUUCUGGGCAGCAUGCAUCUGCAGGAGGAAAAGACACGAGCAUCCCAGCACCGCCUGGACCAGCAGCUCCACCAUGAGGCUCAGCAGAGCAGCAGCCUUGUCACCCGGCUGCGGGCCAUGGUAGCCGAGCGGGAGGCCAGAGUUCAGCAGCUGGAGAUGGAGACGGGGCAGCUCAGUGUACAGGCGAGCAGGGCACUGCAUCAUCAGAAUAAAGGAGGGGGCGAGGGGUCCAGUCGGCCCGAGGUCAACCCCGCCCACACCAAGCCCCUGGAGGACCCGGGCCUGACCCAGCCUCCGGCCUCCGCAGGGGAUCACGUUGGCAGGCUUGGAUCUUCUCGGUCUGUGACCAGCCUGGGCCACACACUUGUGGAAUCUGCUCUCACAUGGCCUUCCCUGCACAGCCCUCAUGGGGCAUCACCCAGGUUCUUGGACUCCCCAGAACAAAAAGGCUGGCAUGCCCAGGUAGCAGAGUUCAAGGCUCUCUGGCAGGCCACCGAGGUGGAACGCGACCGGCUCACCGAGUUUGUCACUGUCCUGCAGAAACGGAUGGAGGACAGCAACAGCAAGCUUCUGGAAUCAGAGAGAAAGCUGCAGGAGGAGCGGCAACGCACCGUGGUGCUGGAGCAACACCUGCAGAAGAUGCGCCUGGAGCCAGGCAGGACAUCAGCCUCUCAGAGAGCAGCUUCCAGGAGCAAAACAGGUCUGCCCGCCUCUAACACCAGGCACAACCCAAAUGGGAGCGAGAGGAAGGACCCAUCUUUCACGCAGCUCUCCAACGUGCCCAUGGAAUCCCAGAUGGAGGAGCUGACCACCAGGCUGGCCAUCCAGGUGGAGGAGAAUGACAUGCUGAAGGCUGCCCUGGGCAGUGCCUUGCGGGGAAAGGAGGAGGACUUCCGUAUGUACCACGAGACCCUGGGCCAGGUGAAAGGGGUCUUCCUGAAAGCCCUGCGGCAGCAGAAGGCAGAGAAGCACUAGGAUGGCAGUCCUGUGUCACCCUAGCCAGACGGGGCAGCCUCCAGCCCUGAAAAGACAAGGUUUGAUCUGAGGACUCCACCUGCUCCCAGAAGCCAGCUCCGCAUCCUUCUCCUGGAAGAGGCAACUCAAGGGGCACAGAGCCAACAUGUCAGGCCAGGAGGGCAAAGGAGAAGCCCAGCUGGAGCCCUGGAGGAGCCUCUGGGCAGGCGUGGCUGCGACAGGGAAGAGGUUUAGCAGCCUGCUGUGCAUCAGCGAGGGCUCUGGGACGAGCCGCUGUGGGCCGAUGCUGUGCCCGGGGACAUUAUCCUUGUCCUAGGGCCCAGCUGGGGGUCCCACACGGCUUCAUUUGUACAGGAGAGGAGAGCCUUCGUGCCCCAGCUGGGAGCAUCCCCCAGGCCACCCAGCCCCACCCUGCCCCCUCACCCGGGCGUCCCCCUCCCCCUGCCCCUCCACGGCUCCACCUGUGGCCAUCCCCACCCUCCCAGACUUGCGGGCACCACACUCCCUCCUCGGGGCCCUUCCUUAGACGCAGACCCUUGGACUUGUAAUAAUAAUGAUUAUUUUCAUAAUCGCCGCAGCUCCCAUUGAGUGAGCAUCCACUGUGGGAACCAGACCCCCAUCCAGUCCUCUAGCAAGCCAGCAGAUUGUCACCUUUUUUUUACAGGUGAGGAAACUGAGGCUGACCGAAAGAAGCUAUGCUAACAUUUAACCUUGGCCUGCCUGACUCCAAAAGCCAGGUCCUCCAAUUGAGCAGAUUCACCAGGGCAAGUGUGCCCACCCCAUUGCUGGGCAGCUCCGUCCCCAGCCAGCUGAUCUGAGAGGCACCUCCAUUUGCUUCCAAAGGCUGCAGCUGGUGGCAGAGGGCAGAGGUGGGGCUGGGCUGGAGCUUUGGGCAGGAAGAUGCUGAGCCAGCGAGCCCAGGAGCAGUCACCAUGCACUUCCCUCACCACAGCACAGGGGUGAGCUGGGAGGGCUGUCCCCAGUCCCCACCCCAGACACCCUGGCCACACCUGUGCACACCUAGGUCCACACUCAAAUGCAGAUGCACACAGAUACCCAGACUUGGGAGCACACAACCCUACGUGUGCACAUGCUGACCCACAGACAGUGCCAACUCCACACUCAGCCCCUCCACAGGCCUGUGCUCACACGGGUAUGUGUGUGUGCACAUACCGUCCACACAUGAAGACCAGUCCUGUGUCACUGCUGCAGUGACUCACAAGUGUGGGUGCACAUGUUGUGAAAACACCCCUCCCCAGGGAAGCCAGCUGGGUCUCCUGGGACUCCGUCUGCUCAGGCCCUUCCUCAGACACAGAGCGGUGGAGGGACUGUGCGCUGGACCCCCAGGCAGGGAACCCCCAGCCUGCAUGCGAUGACACAGGCGUAGUGUAGUGAAGGCUGUCGGGACAAAGCAUGGUUCUGAUGGGGUCCGAAGGGUCCCUGGGAAGGAAGAGCUUUUCUCUGAUUCCUCGUGCAGGGAAAUGGCCAGGCAGAGCGAGACAAUGAGAGGGUCUGUGCUGGGCGGGGGCGGUGUGACAGCGAGGAGUGCGCCCGAUGCAGAGUCCUAACACCAGGCGGAGUAGUGGGCACCCUCACCUGCAGGCUCUGGGGAGCCCCCGAGGGUGAUCUGAGUGUGUGGGUGUGCAGGCGCUGGCCCUCAGUGGAGUCCCUAGGAGGGCGACGCAGGCAUAGGACUAGCCAUCCUUCCUGAGGGAUGGACAGAGCCACAGGGGUCAGUCACCUUAGGGAAGGGCAGGAUGGCAUGACUCAUAUCCUGACCACUCCAGGGUAGUUUUGCUGCCUUUCCAGGCCCAGGGCUGGGUCUGAGAGACGAGGGGCAUCCAGUCAGUGGGUCUGAACAGGUGGGGAUGCCUGGGGCAGAUCUCUUUCCCCACUUACCAACUGUGUGGCCCUGGGCAAGUUACUUAACCUCCCUGAGCCUCCAUGUCUUCAUCUGUAAAAUGGGGACAAUAACAGAACCCUCCCUCCAGGGCUGCUAUCGGUGUCAAAGAAUAACUCAAAGGCAUUUAGCUUAUUAGUAACUUGCUGUUUACUUCUGUACAAGGGACAUGUACCAAUAGAUUGAUUUCGGUGCACAGAGAUAAAGACAGAAUUUAUGUAAAAGAGAAAGACGGGAAAGUGCAGUCAGGCAUAGUAAAUCUAGUUUGUACAUUUUUGGGGUAAACUGAUUAGCUGGCAUCUUGCAGAGAUCGGUCUGGGCAUUCAGUCCUUGCUUAGGCCCAAGGUGGGUAUAAAGACAACGGUUACAAUUUACAAAUUAUACGGGCAACCUUGAGAGCUUUGCUGUGGAGCUGUGGGCCGGGGUCCCUGUUGCAUCUGCUGGCACCUGCCAUCAGCACCCCAGCUUAGUUAAGCCAGGUCUGCUCCAUUCGCCCAUCAGAAUCCCUCUUCAGGAGCCACUGACUUAAAAAGUGUCAAGUGCUGGAGCAGGAGCUGGCACAUAGUAGGCACUCAAUAAAUGUUAGCCCCAGUAUCACCUCUAUUAAUUCAACAAGUACUGAUGGAACAGCUCUUCUGCCUCAGGCACGGGGGUGCCGGGUGAGGCAGACACGUCCCUGAGCUCCAGGGAGUCCCAGGCCAGCAUCCACUCCGCUGGCCGGCCAUCAGGGUCAGUGAGUGCUGACCGUAUGCCAGCCAGGCUCUCCGGGCUUGUGGGGGGGUCCCAGCUAAAUCUAACUUGCUGCUGCUCUUGGGGAGUUCCUGGUCCAGUCAGGGAGUCCUGGGAAACGGGGUCACGAUGGAGCAGUAGGGUACAGUGGAGCGGGGUGUCAGGGGGAGACAGAAUGUGGCACCUCAGGGCCUCCCACCUUCUCUGCUUCGGCUCCCAGGCUCAUUGCCCAGAUCUAGUAGGGGAGGGGCUGUCCUAUGUCCCUGAGGUGUGAGUGGCGGAGUGUGGAAGGGGAAGGUCCUGGAGAGCCUGGGAGCAGGAUUUUUAAGGGAAGGAGGGGUUGUCAAAGGGUCCAAGGACAGGGCGCUGAAGGCUCUAACUUAGGUGGGCCAGGUGGGGAGUGGAGCAGCCUGGUCUGUCCAGGUUAGUGCCCACGGCCCCUCCGGAGCAGCACCGUCUGUCCCUGAGACCCUAAGGAUGACCUCCCCAGCCUUCAGGCAACUGGGCAGCAGGUGGGCUGGACUUGCUUUUCACAGAUGAGAACACCCUGCCCAGAGCCACAGGAGGUGGGGGAGGGGCCAGGACAAUCAAAGAGGCCUCACGUGAGGACUCACUCUCCCUGGCGGCUCCCCAGGCAGGUGCCGGGGCCUGGGAGCUCAGGUUCCCACACUGACAGGUGAGACCUGGUUGAGCCAUGGGUGUGGCUUGGCCACUGAACCCGUUGGGGCCUCUGGGCACCACAGCUGAGCUGGAUAAGGCUGCAGCCUGGCUCAGGCUGAUUCAAGCCCCAAACACAUUCCACUGCCCUGCACCCCUCCUCUGGGCCCCCACAUCCAGUGUCUAGAGCAAGACUCUCCUUUCGCAGCCACCCACUGCCACCCCACAAGGAAGCCUCUGCCUGCCCAGCACCUCUCCACACGCCAUCUCUCCUGUAGUCCCUGCCCCGUUACAUAGACACACAGUGCACACAUCACACACAUACACACACACAACACGUGCCAUAGACAACAUACAACACAACCCCCCACACACACAGCCAACACAAAACACAAUUAUAUACACACAAACAUAGGAUACUUUCCCCACAUUUUUAUUUUGAACAACAAAAAUAAAAAUUAAGAGAUGAAAAGGAUAUCUGCCCACCAUGUCUUUCCCAGCAGCUCUUGCGGCAUUUGGGUAGAGACCCCAGGUUCCUGUGCUGGUCUUACCCCAGUCAGCUUCCUGCCCCUCGUUUUGUGGGCUGGCCACAGCAGGCACUCCUCCCCGCACCCCUCACACGGGGUGGAGUUGCCCUCCAUCAUCCAGCCCCAGGUCGAAGGGACCUCCCUAGCCCUCCACCCCUCCUGCCAUCCAAGGUCCCCACAGACACCACGGUGAAGGGGUCACCCAGUGAACGUCUCCUGCUGUGUGUGAGUCCUGCCUCUCUGGGUCUCUGGAAUGAGGGGGUUCCUGCCUCUCUAGCAGCCUCUCUUUAGGAGCAAAUCAGUGAGCUGAGCCCUUGUUAUGGAGCGAGUUGCCAAGCCCCGCAAGAACCCAAUACUGGGCCGCAAUCUGCCCAUUUAUAGGUGAGGAGCUGAGGUGCAGAGAAGUGGUCACAUGAGCAAGGUGCAGCUCAGGUUCAAGUGAGUCGGCUUGACCUGCGCUCUGAACUACGGAGCCAAACCACACCGUGGGCUUCCCUGAGCCAUUCUUUUGGAGCCUCAUGAGGGCACCAGCUGGAUGGCCGGCCCAGGCUGGUCGUAGCCAGCACCCGGUGUGGGUGAGCUGGGUUCUCACCCCUGCAGGGCCAUCAGCUGAGCC